AUGGGUAAACCGGGAAAAAACACAGUUUAUAAUUCGGUAAAUCGAUUACCAAACCCAUAUGAAAAGCUUCCCAUUAAUCUGAUAUAUGAUUUUGCUUUGCCAUUAUCAGAACCUCUACCUGAUUCUGAUUUAAUCCAUAGUAUUCAGGACUUUUCAGCCGAAUAUAUGAUGGCAACAGGAAAGAAGUCGCUUAAAUCCAUGGAUGAAACGGCACUUUUGGGACUUGGUUAUUUGGUUACUGAGUGGAUGAACGCUAUGGUGUCUGAAUGCUUAGAAGAAUUUGAAGAAAAAGAAGAAAAGUAA